ACACGUUGUAAAGAAAAGAUUGAUAUACCUAACCUACAGUCCGUACAGUUCGUCCACUUUGCGCCGUGGCACGUACCUGCUCCCGAUGGCCGCCGCCGACCCAGUCCGCGACGGGCAGACGGCCCUCGCGCUCCGCCUCGUCAAGCACCUCGCGGCCGCGGACGCGGACGCCGCCGCUAAGAACGUCGCGUUCUCGCCCGUAUCCAUCCACGCUGGCCUCGCGCUGGUGGCCGCGGGUGCGGGCGGCGCCACGCGGGCCCAGCUGCUCAGCUUCCUCGGCGCGCCGACGGCGGACGGCCUCGCUGCCUUCGGUCGCCUCGUCGCCGACCGCGUCCUGGCCGACAAGGCGGGCUCUGGCGGGCCGCGCGUGCUCUUCGGCGGCGGCGUCUGGAUCGACGCCUCGCGCGGCGGGCUCAAUGAGGCGUUCAAGGAGGUCGCCGCCAAGUCCUACAAGUCCGAGACCCGCACCGUCAGCUUCAUCGAUGAGCCGGAGGAAGCAGUGUAGACGAUCAACCGCUGGGUGAAGAAGGCGACCAACAACCUCAUCGACUCCAUGAUCUCACGCAGCGACAUCACCGCCGACGCCAACCUCGUGCUCGCCAACGCGGUCUACUUCAAGGGCAGCUGGCUCAAUCCCUUCAACGUUUGCCACACGUCAUCGGGCAAAUUCCACCGGCUUGAUGGGAGCCACGUCGAGGCAGCGUUCAUGUACGAGCUCAAGACCAUGUCCAUCUCGUGCAUGGACGGCUUCAAGGUCCUCAAGCUCCCCUACGGCCCGGAGGGGGAAUAUGAACCGGCGCCAGAGGGGCUUCCCUACAAGAUCUACCGUGGCCCACGGGCCAGCUCCGUCAAGACGCCUCUGGGCGACGACGCCACCCAGUUCUCCAUGUUUGUCUUCCUCCCGGACGAGCGCGACGGCAUGGCCACCAUGGUGGACGUGAUCACCGCGGCACCUGGGUACCUCUACAGCGUCCUGCCCACGGAAACCAAGCUAGUCCAAAUCAACCUCCCCAAGUUCGAGGUGUCAUUGGACUGGGACCUUGGGAGUGACCUCCGUCGACUAGGCCUCACGCUGCCCUUCUCGCGGAAGGUCGGCGACCUGCGAGGCAUGUACAAGAAGGACGACGGGCGGCCGACCUUCCUGACCAAGGUUGCGCACAAGGCGAUCAUCAAGGUGAAUGAGGAAGGGACCGAGGCGGCUGCGGUCAUGACGGCCUUGAGUGGCGGCGGACCAAUGCCGGACCAUGUGGAGUUCAUCGCUGACCAUCCGUUCACGUUCAUCAUCAUGGAGGAGCGCUCAGGGGUGAUCGUGUUCGCCGGCCACGUCCUCGACCCUACCUGCAAGUGAUCACGUCGAGAUCCCAAGCGCAGGCUAUUUCUUUUUUGCAUACUGAACUUAAAUCGACCGUAUUACGUUGUUUCUGAAAUCUGAAUUGA